UAUUGCUGCAUUCUCAGCCUUAAUAUUCAUUGCUGUUCUUGGGAUGGUUGCUGGUUACUCAGCCCCUGCAACUGCUGACAUGAAGAAACCUGGAAGCAGAUACGAAGGUAUCACCGAAGAUCAAAUCACUUGGAUUGCAAGUUUGCCUAAUUUGAGCGGAGUCAUCGGAAAUGCCCUCUCUGGUUUUAUUUCCCAGAAGCUUGGGAGGAAAUCUGUGCUGAUGUAUAUAUCUCUUUCAUUUAUGACCAGCUGGCUACUAAUUGCUUACUCAAGAUCACUUUUGUAUGUAUAUGCUGGACUCCUCAUUUCCGGGUUUAGUGCUGGUAUCGCCUCAGUCGCAGUUCCCGCUUAUGUCGUCGAAAUUGCUACGACGGAAAAACGAGGAUUUUUAACGUCCGGCUUUCAAGUGUUUUAUUCUUUGGGCGUUCUCGUCAUGAUGUCGUUGGGAAUUGUACUGAGUUGGUCGUGGUUGGCCAUAACCGCAGCCAUAUUUGUAGUUUCUGGAGCUAGCCUCAUGUUCUUUAUGCCCGAAUCUCCUGCAUGGUUGGUGCGCGAGUCCAGAUGUGCUGAAGCUAUUCGUGGACUAAUGUUCCUCAGAGGGAAAAAUGUGGAUUAUGUCAGGGAAAUUGAAGAGAUCAAUGACAGUAUGCGCAAACAUUCAUCCAGAGGCAUCCGAUUUCAAGACUUUUUGAAGCCGACAUUGUACAAGCCUAUCGUGAUUGUCUUUUUGUUGUUCUUUUUCCAACAGUUUUCAGGAGUCAAAUCCCUCAUGUCUUACACCGUGGACAUUCUCAAAAGUGCAGGAAGUGCCAUAGAUCCUUUAACCGCUGCGGCUAUUGUGUCCGUAGUACAACUUUUAGUAACAGUGACAAGCUGCUUACUGAUGGACAGAGCUGGUCGCAAAGUCUUGUUCAUUGUUUCUGGCUGUUUCUUGUUCCUCAGUCUGACAACUCUUGGCCUGCACAGUAUUGCUGUGCAAAAGUAUAAUUUUGAUCAGGAAAAAUACGGCUGGGUUCCUGUGAUGGCUUUUGUUGUAUAUGUUGCUGCUUAUGCUAUCGGCUUUGGUCCCAUACCCUUCGUAAUGACACCAGAGUUGGUGCCGAUUAACACACGAAGCUUCCUUUUGGCCAUGGGGUCUGUUACGUGCUCGGGUCUGGGGUUUGUUGUUGCAAAAUCGUUUGACAGUUUAAAGACACUGAUGGGAGAAUAUGGUUUAUACUGGGGUUAUGCUGCAUUUUCUCUUCUGGGUUCUUUGUACUGUUUCUUCUUUAUACAAGAGACAAAGGGAAGGACUAUACAAGAGAUAAACAAUUCUUUCUCAGCUUCUUCAUAAGAUGGCUCACAUGUCUCAAUGAAACAAGGAAGUUUUUACAUGAUCAGUUUUACUCUGUUGCAAUGAAAAACUGUUGAAAUUCCUCUUUUGUCAUUCUGAAUAACUCUUUCAUUG